GGCUACCUGAGUCUGGUGUGGUUCGGCAUGUUCAUAUGGCUCACGACCUCUUUCGAGUGCUGCUCGCCAGAUGUCAAGAUCUGCAGGCAGGCGGCCAUCUUCACCUUCAUCGUUGUGUCGAUGCUCUGCUUCGCCGUCUGGGCCUUCGGCCUCUUCCAGGUGAUGGACAGCCAGGCGAGCAGGUGCGGCCUGAUUCUGUGGCAGUACGGCAACUUCUGCUUCGUGGUCAUGCCCGUCCUCAUGGUGCUCUUCGCCUGCAUGGCCCUGCCCUGCAUGUACUGCUGCGAGUACUUCCACAACAGCCAGAUCGAGCAGACGCUCCACGAGCACGAGCACGAGCGCGACCUCCACGCGGGGGGCAGCGUGUGAGGUCCUGCCGCGCUCGUUGGCUGACUUGUAGCCGUGGCCGCCUGGCGUCGCUGGGGUAGGCGAGUUGGCAUUCCCUUUUCCUUUCAGUUCUAGACGCUUCGCGUAACCCGACCAGCAAUGAGGAAGCUCACUAAACCACCAACGCCCGAAGGGCUGGUGGGAUUCAAACUCCCUUGUCCUUUCCCGCGCUCUCCGCUCCCCUCUCGUGUCCUCUGUCC